CGGACGGCCCUCAAAUGGCGGGCGCUGCCAAUGGAAAUCCCUCCCCUGCGUUGACUUCACACCGUGUUUCUGUCACCUUGUUUAAUUUUGGAAGUUGAAUCGUAAUAAAGCAACGCCCAAUCCAACCGCCAUUAUUGGCUUCGUCAAAUCUCGAACCGCCGCCCAUGACGCCUCCUCCUCCGAGGGCGGCCGCGGCCGACCGCCGCUGGCCGUCGGUCGACGACGACUCGCGCAAGAUACACAAGAGCAGCAAGCGGAAGCCGCCGGUAGUCAUCUACAUGGUCUCGCCCGAGGUCAUCCACGUGGAGGCCAGCGAGUUCAUGGCCCUGGUUCAGCGCCUCACCGGCCCCCGCGCCGCAGCCGGCGACGGCCCGUCCGCCAGCGUCAGCCGCCAGGUGUUGCCACUGAGGGUCAAAGCGGUGAGGGAGUUGACCCGGAGGCCUCCGACGGCUGCGCAGACGCCGGUCACCUCUUCCGGCGGCUCCGAAACGCUCUUCUUCCACGACUUGAGUCCGCCGUCGACCUACGCGGUGCGGAAGGAUGAGCAGAUGGCGACGCCGCAUGGUUGGUUGCAACACGGGGAGUCCUCCUCGUGAACCGGCGGUCGGACCCGACCGGCGGAGGGCCAUUGAUGGCAUUAGUGGCGGUGCAUCAACAUUUAGAUUUCUAGAUUUCUGUUCAAUUAAUUCUCCUGUUAAUUAAUUUCCUUCCACUAGUUUGUGAAUCUGCUCGUGGCUUUAUUUCGCGUGUAAAUAUUCAAAUCAAAUGAUCUUCUUUUGUGGU